AUGUCGUCAAACAGCCCACGGAAGUCAAUUGACAGCUUGGCAUCUGGGGUCUCGUCACCUUCAAUCUCUUAUUCAGCAAGCCAGCUGGGAUCUCCGCGCGUGCCCCCUCAGCGGUUUCCCCUGAGGAGGGGAUCAACCGCAAGCUCGAUUGUGAGCAUUGGAGGUGUCCUGGACUCUUCCCACCAUCAUGGCUCAAUUGCAGAGUCUGGACAGAAUGCCAUUUCGACUCUCCUCCAGCCCCCAAUAAUCCGCACCGGUCUGACGGCCCAGAGUGCCGCCUCCUCUACCGGGUUCAAACCUCCAUCGACUCGCGACAUACCGCCAGUGACCUUGACGAAUAUAAAACAUGUGGAUGCGAAAGUCUUCCAGCCGUAUCUUGCGCAAGUGGGAGGUUUGUACGAUGUAUUCCAACAACCUAAAGAAGGCGCAAUGGAGGACGUCCAGCCGCUGCAGGCAGCAAAAUCUCCGAAACCAGAUUCCGAUCGCGAUUCAUUAAUGCCAUGGUCCCUCGAGAGAAGGUCUUCGGCCAUUUCAACAGGUUCAAGGUCAUCCUCACCAUAUGAUACUCGCGGCCGGCGCCCCUCCAGCGGCCGUGGCCGCGCCCCGGCAGUGACACCUCUGUCUACCAUCCCUCCCGUAUACUUUGACGAAGACUUCCACUUGGAGAACCCUCGUACAUUCGACGUGGUCUCUGAAAAAUCGGACGUGGUACGGCCCCCAAGGCCGCCAACCAAGGACGACAAACACACCAAUGGAUUAGCUGUGGAGCCAACCCAAACUGGAAGAAAGGCGCUGGCAACGAAUGCUAUUCUACAAGAGAAGCUUUCCUGGUACAUGGAUACUGUGGAGAUCCACCUUAUCUCGUCUAUUUCAACGGCAUCAAAAUCCUUCUUUACUGCACUCGGUUCGCUCCGAGAAUUGCACGCGGAAGCGGCUGAUUCGGUCAAUCGUAUACAAGUACUGAGGAGGGAUUUACAGAAGAUCGAUAAAGAAAUGGCUCUUGGCGGUCUGAAGAUUGUCAAUCUAAGACGACGAAGAGAGAAUGUACGAAUGUUGGCAGCUGCCGUCGCUCAGCUGCGUGAUGUGGUCGAAUCAGUGUCUCGGUGUGAAGGACUAGUGGAACAGGGCGAGAUUGAGGAGGCUGCCGAUGGGCUUGAGGAAGUCGAGAAGUUGAUGGCGGGGGAGAAGACCUCCGAUCGUGCUGCCUCGAAGGAUGAAGAGGGGCUUCCCAGACGACUUAUCGACCUGCGAGGCAUCAAAGCCCUGGAGGGAGCGUCCGACGAUCUAGCACAACUCCGGCAACGCAUUGGUAUGGGCUAUGAAACCCGCUUCCUGAACGAUCUUUUAGGCGAUUUACGGAGGCAUGUCCAAAACGUGCCCUCGAACGUGACACUGCAGCGAUGGGGCAAUACAUUCCAGCGGCAGCGGGGCAGUAACCGACCUGUAUCGGUCUCUCCUGCCUACAUGAACUUCGAUAACGAGUUGCGAUCGCAGUUGAACACCCAACUCAAUGGACUCGCGCGUGCGCACUAUACAAUGUCAGCGGCGACCUCUUUCAAAAGCGCCGUUUUACGAGAAAUGAAGGGCCUUAUUCGCAAACACCUCCCCAGCUCUAGUGAUGACGAUAAUGAAUCCAUGGUGUCGCUGUCCACACAUGGCGGUCAUCAGCUAAGCCAGCAAGAGAAGUCAUCAAUUCUUGCUCGCAAUCUGCGCGCACUCGAUCCAGAUGAUGCUUAUGAGAUGUUGCUGAAUGUCUACACCGGGGUUAGUGAAUCGCUCAGGCGGCUCAGCGUCCAAGUCAAAGUUCUUCUGGAUAUUGCUAGCGGCCUGGAUUCGCCGGCGUCCGGAGUCAAGUCACCACCACGGAGCCCCAACCCGCAGAGUAUUGACCAAGCUGUGAAAUCUCCGCCGAUCGGGCCAACGGCCUCUGACAUGGCCCAAGAUGAAAUUCUCCAGGUUUUGGAUAUGUCCAGUCUGCUUGGUCAGGCAGUUGAUAUUGCCCAGUCGCAGAUAACGAAGGUGCUGAAGGUGCGAUCCGAACAGACUGCCCAGCUUUCGAAAGAGGAGUUCCUCAAGUAUUUCACUCUCAACCGCCUGUUCGCCGACGAGUGUGAGGCGAUCUCGGGACGCGGUGGUACUGCACUGAAGACCAUCGUCGGAAAUCAAAUCCGUGACUUCAUCACCCAAUUCGGUGAUGGUCAGCGCCAUCAAAUUGUGAAUGUCAUGGAUGCUGAUCGAUGGGAUGCACGCGACUUUGGCGACGAGGAGAACAUCAUCCUGACCCGUAUCCUAGAUGCAAGCACCAAAGAUGUCGAGGCCUGGGUGGAAGUCUCCAAGAUCUGGAUUCAGCCAGCUGACAAUGAGCAAAAGGAGCCUGCAGAUCCUGCAAACGGGACCGACAAGACUAAAAACCGCACAGCUAUCGUUGAUGAACAGAAAUACAUCCUGCCUGACUCUGCUGUUGCGAUAUUGCGUAGCAUCCAAGAGUUUGAGUUCCUCAUGUCGAAUAUUCCCAGCAUGAUCCAGGACAUCGCACCACAUUUACUGGAUAUCCUGAAGCUAUUCAACUCGCGAUCGUCGCAACUGAUUCUUGGAGCUGGUGCUACCCGUAGUGCAGGCCUGAAGAACAUCACCACCAAGCACCUCGCCCUGUCGUCGCAGGCCUUGAGCUUUGUCAUUGCUUUGGUCCCUUAUGUGCGGGAAUUCGUCCGUCGUCACGGACAGGCCAACCCCCUGAUGGCCGAGUUCGACAAAGUCAAGCGUCUGUGCCAAGAACACCAGAGUGGUAUUCACGAGAAGCUGGUGGAUAUCAUGAGCUCGCGCUCUUCCGUGCGCGUGAACGCGAUGAAGAAAAUAGACUGGGAUGCCAAGGGUGCGGCGGUCAAUCCUUACAUGGAGACGUUGGCCAAAGAGACUGGCACUUUACAUCGUGUCUUGAGCAAGCAUCUUCCCGACAUGACAGUCAGCAUGAUCAUGGUACCAGUGUUCCACAGCUACCGGGAUCAAUGGAUGAAGGCCUUCGACGAGGCUGAUGUGAAGACGGAGGCUGGGAAAAAGAGAAUGCAAGCCGACAUCGAGCACUUCCGAAGCAAGCUGAGCAAGAUCGAAGGCGCCAGCGAGGUCGGCGACAAGCUCCUUGACCUCGUGGGUGGUAAAACCAUCCCCAGCGAGGUUGAGGAGAAAGAAGAGCAGGACGAUGGCUCUGACUCGACCAAGUCUUGA